GUUUGAUUUCCGGCGUGAACGUUUGAAAAUAAAGUUACACGCAAUAAAAUGCACUAAAACAGCUUAAGGGCAGUAAAGAGAAGGCAAUUGAUGAUUUAACACUCAGGAUCAUAUACCAUUGAGUAUAAAGUUUGCAUUGUCAUAAACCAGAGAUGAGUGGCAAAAAGAAAGGGGCAAUUGCCCCAACAGUAGAGCAGAUCCAAUCAGAUAUCAUUACAAGAUUAGCCAACCAGUACUGGGCUCCAUACAGUAAUGUUCCCAGGUUGCCUUAUGAACCCAAGAUAGUUGAGGAUAUAUACAAGAAGGAGUUACUGGCAACAAGAUUUGCCAGUAGACGUGUCAUGCUGCUAGAGUUCAGCCAAUAUCUGGAGAAUUACAUGUGGCCAAACUUUACUGAAAAGGCAACAAACUCUCAUAUAAUGUCAAUAGUUGUCAUGGUGAAUGAGAAGUUCAGGGAACGUGUUCCAGCAUGGGAGCCUUUUAAAAACAAUCCAAAGAAUUUCCCAGCAUUCUUUGAGCGUGUGAUGUCACUUAGUCUUGAGGAGACAGGUGUCAGUCUGCGGGAACAAACUGCUUUGUUGGUGUUCCUCAUUCAUUGCUUCAAUAGUUUGGAAGAAGAUCUGAUCAGGGAACGAGUGCAGAGACUAGUGGCUCUACCUAUAUGGAUGAAUAUUCUACCAGGUCGGCGCGAAAGCAUCUUCAAAACAAAUCCACGGUACAAGAAAUUCUGGAAUGCCAUACAGAAAAAGGAUGCCAAAGCUGAUGAGGACACCAAAAAGAAAGUUGAAGUUGAACGAACUUUCCUAGCGGCACAUAUACAGAAGUAUUACAACAUACUUGACUCUAUCAAAGAAGAAGGAGAGGUCAGUAUGUCUAAAGUCCACUACUGUGAGAGGUUUAUCGAGCUCAUGAUAGACUUAGAGGCCCUACUGCCCACUAGGAGGUUCUUUAAUAUGUUGAUGGAUGACAAACAUGUCGUUGUCAAGUCACAAUUGUCCAGUUUAGCCAGCCUCAAGGAGGGACGCUUAUUUUCACAGUUGCUUGAUAUGUUGAAGUUCUAUGCUGGGUUUGAGAUCAAUGAACAGACAGGUGAAGCACUGACAGAUGAUGAGAUGACAGACAUACACUAUGACCAGAUAACUUCACUACAGAAAGCUGCUUUCAAGAAUUUCCCGGAGUUACACAAGUUUGCUUUGGCCAAUGUAGCCAGCAUAGAUACCAGAGAAACAUUGGUGAAACAUUUCGCUCCACUCAGCACAACAAAACUUCACGAGAUUGCCACUUAUUUACACCUGCUGCCACCUUUAGGUGAUGAAAAAGAGAGUCCUUAUACUGAAAAAAUGCUGCUGGAACUUCUGAUCUCAAGACAUGAAAGACGCUCCUCUCAACUACAAGCACUAAAUGAGAUGCCCCUCUACCCCACUGAGGCUAUAAUAUGGAAUGAAAACAUUGUUCCUAGUGACUACUUCUCUGGCGAUGGCUGUCUUGCUCUACCAAAACUGAACUUGCAGUUUCUCACUCUGCAUGACUAUUUGCUGAGAAACUUCAAUCUGUUUAGGCUUGAGUCAACGUAUGAAAUUCGCCAAGAUAUAGAGGAUGCAGUCAGUAGGAUGAAACCAUGGGAGGCUGAGGAUGGGUCUGCUACAUUUGGUGGUUGGGCAAGGAUGGCUCAGCCGCUGGUUGGCUUCAAUGUCGUUGAGGUUGCAAAGCCCAAUAUUGGAGAGAACUGGCCAGCCAGGGUCAGAGCAGAUAUUACAGUGAAUCUUAAUCUCAAACCAAAUAUAAAGGCAGAGUGGGAAGGUUUGAGAAAGCAUGAUGUUGCAUUUCUUGUGACGGUGCGACCCACAAUGAAGAUUGGCUAUAGAUACCACCCAAAGGAGCCCUUUAUCCCCCAAGUGGGGCUGGAGUAUGUAAGAGGGUGUGAAAUUGAAGGCAUGCUGGACAUGGAAGGGAAGGUCAUUGAAGAGGGUCCUGAUCCAAAACCUGAGAUGCACGGUGAGACAAGAACAUUCAGAGUGUUUUUGGACCCCAACCAAUACCAGCAGGACAUGACUAAGACAACACAAGGUUCAGAGGAUGUGUAUGAAACCUUCAACAUAAUGAUCCGCAGAAAGCCUAAAGAGAACAACUUUAAGGCUGUAUUGGAGACGAUUCGUGAUUUGAUGAACACAGACUGUGUAGUCCCUGAUUGGUUACAUGAUAUUAUACUGGGGUAUGGUGACCCAGGAGCUGCCAAAUACACUAACAUGUCAAAUCAGAUCCAGCAUCUAGAUUGGUGGGAUACAUUUCUCAGUAUUGACCACCUGAGAUCAAGCUUUCCAGACUAUGAAGUCAAAUACUCAGUGGAUGAUCCAGCAAAGCUUAAACCUCCCUUCAAACUGACAUUCCCUAAGAGUCAGAAGACAUCAGGCAAGAGGAAGAAUGAAGAAGAUGAUGCUAACACAGAUAGUGAUAAGAUCAUCACUGUGGAACCAUAUGUCAUACCUAACAGAGGACCUUACCCAUAUAACGUACCAAAAAAAAAUUCAGUGCCAUUCACACCAACCCAGGUAGAAGCUAUAAGGUCUGGGAUGCAGCCAGGUCUAACUAUGGUUGUUGGUCCCCCUGGAACAGGCAAGACUGAUGUAGCUGUGCAGAUCAUCUCAAACAUCUACCAUAAUUUCCCAGACCAGAGAACGCUCAUCGUGACUCACUCUAACCAGGCCCUGAAUCAGUUGUUUGAGAAGAUCAUGGCUCUUGACAUUGAUGAACGUCACUUGCUGCGUCUUGGGCAUGGUGAGGAAGCACUGGAGACUGAGAAAGACUUUAGCAGGUAUGGUCGUGUGAACUUUGUGCUAGCUUUGCGUCUAGAGCUGCUGGCUGAAGUUGCUCGCCUACAAGACAGUCUGGGGGUGACAGGAGAUGUUUCCUACACUUGUGAGACUGCUGGGCAUUUCUACCUCUACCAGGUGCUGGCCAGGUGGGAGGAGUUCCUGAGUAAGGUGAAGAGGAAAGGAAAGCAAACCAAAACUGCAUCAAUGAUAAUGGAACAUUUCCCAUUCACCAAGUUCUUCGACAAUGCCCCACAGCCUCUGUUCAAGGCACGGACAUAUGAGGAAGAUCUGGAUAUUGCAGAGGGCUGCUUCAGACAUAUCAAGAGGAUUUUCACUCAAUUAGAGGAAUUCCGUGCAUUUGAGUUACUACGCAGUGGGGCAGACCGCUCAAGAUUCUUGAUGGUGAAGGAAGCGAAAAUUAUUGCCAUGACAUGUACCCAUGCUGCCUUGAAGAGGCGAGAUCUUGUUGAGCUUGGAUUCCAGUAUGACAACAUAUUGAUGGAAGAAUCAGCUCAGAUUCUGGAGAUAGAGACUUUCAUUCCACUACUGUUGCAGAAUCCUGAAGACAAUUAUAAUCGCCUGAAACGCUGGAUUAUGAUUGGUGACCACCACCAGUUGCCCCCAGUGAUAAAAAACAUGGCGUUCCAGAAGUAUUCCAACAUGGAGCAGUCACUGUUUACACGAUUUGUGAGGCUGAACGUGCCAACUAUUGAUCUAGAUGCCCAAGGUAGAGCCAGGCAUACGAUCUGCAACCUGUAUAACUGGCGAUACAAGAAACUGGGAAAUCUUCCGCAUGUCCAUAUAUGGCCAGAAUACAAACGCUCAAACCCAGGAUUCUUUUACGAUUUCCAACUGCUGAAUGUUGAUGACUUCAAUGGUGUAGGAGAGUCUGAGCCAAACCCUUACUUCUAUCAGAAUCUCGGGGAGGCAGAGUAUGUGGUUGCUAUCUUCAUGUAUAUGCGACUUCUUGGCUACCCUGCAGAGAAAAUCUCUAUUCUUACUACAUACAAUGGGCAGAAACAUCUCAUCCGUGAUGUUGUUGCUCAGCGAUGUGGAACCAACCCACUGAUUGGCUGGCCUGCGAAGAUCACAACAGUGGAUCGUUUCCAGGGGCAACAGAAUGAUUAUAUUCUCCUGUCAUUGGUCAGAACGAGGGCUGUUGGUCAUUUGAGAGAUGUAAGACGUUUAAUUGUGGCUAUGUCCAGGGCUAGACUAGGCCUCUAUAUCUUUGCAAGAGUCAGCCUCUUCCAGAAUUGCUUUGAGCUCACACCUGCCUUUAAUCAAUUGACUGAAAGGCCAUUAAAACUUCAUUUAGCCCCACAUGAGACAUACCCAGCAGAGCGCCCUAGUGACCAGACACCACGAUGCAAUCCUCUGGUGAUUGAAGACAUGCCACACAUGGCCCAGUUUGUAUUUGACUACUACAAGGAUAAAGUCAGCAGAAUGAUGCAUCAGCAAAAGAGGCAACAAGUCGAGCUAAAUAGACCACCCCAGCAACGUAUACAAACUCGUGUUCCAUCCCAGGAGUCUAAAGCUGUUCCCACCCCCAAACCUGACUCCCAGAAAAUGGAAGAACACCCAGGGGCGGACUCUGAUAGUGAUGAUGAGAAGGGUGGAGAUGCUGAGGAGGUCAAGACUAUUGAACCAAAACCAGACUCUAAAAUGGAAGUAACUGCAAAAGAUACACAAGAGGCUGAUAAAUCUAAAGACACAGAUGAUAAUAACAAAAGUGACACUAUCGAUGAAAAAAGUGAUAUAAAGGAUGAUAAAAUGGAGACAGUUGUGGAUACUAAAACUGAAGGUGUACAGAGUAUUAAGAAAGAAGUGAAAAGUGACAAUGUUACACCUGAAAGUGAUAAGGAGGGAUCGGGAGAUAAAAUGGAUACCACAUGAUGAUACUUCACAAACCAGUUCAAAACUCCCUUCUGAGAUCAAAAAGAUGAAUUGGCAUCAACAAUCUGUCAAUACAGCAAUCUUUUAAAAAACAUUAAGCAACCUUCGUUCCAAAUUCUAUUUAUUUUAUAAAUGCAAAUAAUACAUCACUCAUUGAGGUUAUUACAGUAAAAACUAUGAAUUCCAAAAUGGUUUCAAACUAGUUGUACUGACAAUUGCAAAUUGUUCAGAGACUAAUCGUACAUUAUAAUACAAUGUAUAUUUUUUGUAAAAAUAAUAUAUAUUUUUACACAGAAUAAAAUUCCUUUGUGAAUUCUUAAUUUAAAUAGAUUUUAAAAGGCACUAACAUUCCCUUAUGGGUUCAAAUGUGUUGAAGCUUUCGAAAUAAAACAGGUCUACAAAUAAGGCUAGGAUAAGUUAAUUUCUGGCUUCAUGCGCACAUCCACUAUUCAGUUUCACUUUGGGGAGAGAUAUAGUCAAUCUGAAGCAUAAUCAGUUAUGUUUUUGGGAACAACAUCAAAAUAAUCACCUUGUCUCUUUUAACAGAUUUAUUAAAUCUUGAGUUAAGAUGUUUCUUGAAUACCAGGUUUUAUGUUGAAAAAUCCCCCCAAAGUAUGUUCCUGUGAAUUGAUUUCCAGUGUUCUAAAUUAUUCUCUUCAACAUCAGGAAGAGUCUCAAUAGGGCUCCAAUUACAUUUCAAGGCAGCCGACACCUCCCCAUUCAGAUGUUCAAUCGAGACAGUUUCAUUUUGUUCACGAAAGGCAGUCUCCAAGCUAACAAUGUAGUAAUCUCCAUUUUCAGUUUUUCGUAUAACUUCAUCAUGGUUUUCAUCUUGAUUCUGUUCAAAUAGAUCAAUCUGUGUUUUAGCCAGCUCAAAAUAUUUCCAAUUUUCUUCCUUCAGGUUAGCAAUAGCAAUGGCUGUGCGGUAAUUCAGUUGACCAUGAUAGCAAAAAUAUUUUAAGUGAGGACACAUAGUUGCCAUAGCAACAAGCUCAGAAUCAAUAUUAUCACUAUGACAAAGGCUUGUAAAUCCCUUUAAAGUGUUGUGAUAUUUAUCAGUUAUUGAUGCUAAAUCCUGGCCAUCACAUUGGGCAAACUUUAAGUAACUUAUGGCAACCAAUGGAACCUCAGGCUUCAGCAAACCGGCAAGAUCCAUAUAUGGUACUCUCGUAACUAUGGAAACCUCCACCUCCAAUUCAGGAGAGCUCAAUGUAAGCUGCCUCCAAACAUCCGAGGAUAUAUUUGGAAUUGCAAGAAGAGCAUUCUGCUUUGAAUAGACCACCAUUAUCUUCAGUGAUUUCAAUGGAGAUCUCCCAAUUUCAGUCAACGAUAGGAGAACACUCUCACUUAGCAUGCUAGAACGAAGACCUAAGUGUGUCAAGUUCUUGAAAUAUCCUUGGAAAAAUGUUUCCAUCGCUUCAGGCCUGGGUCCAAUAAUGUUUUUACUCACCCAGGUUAUCUUCCUCAGAUUUGGAUCCUCCCAAAAUAAAUUCAACUUUUCUAGAUUCUGAAUCUGGGUAUUACUGGAGAGGGAUGUCAGUAAAUUAAAUGUCUGUACACCUGGGUAAUAAGGCCACGAUUUUACUGCGAAAGAACGCAAGCGAUAUAGCGUACUGAUCAAAUUGUUUAUUGGCUCAAACUGGUCACUUAUAAUCCGAGCUCCUAGAUUUGUCAUUCUCUUUAUUUCAUGGACAGUUAGAUGUGCACCAACAUCCAAUGUAAAUGAUUCUAGUCUACAUGAUUUUGAGAUGGCAUUUAAAACAUCUUGCACAACUGGAUAGGGAUCCUUGACAUGCCCAUAAUACACCAAAGUUAGAUCUUGAAAGAAAUGUCCAAACUUUUCGAUCAUUGCUUUAUUCCUUAGUGCAAGAUCUAUGGCCUUCUCUUUGUCAUUUUCAUUCUUGUUACGCCCAAAGAUCAGAAUCACAGCUUUGUACCAAAGUGAUGGAUGGUUGAACAUGUCAUGCAUUGUGCUCGAUGUACAUGCAGCGUUCAGUCUAUCAGGAAGAUCUAGAUAGGACAAUAUCUUCACUAAGCAAACAUCUGGAAGAUGUGUCAGGGCCACCGUCUGAUUAUCAUAUUCAUCAGGCUGAUCGGGAUCAGCUGCAUGAGUUUCUUCC